UCUAACUUUUGUCACUUUAAACUUUUUGUAUAAUAUGUUUAUCUACCUUAAGUAAGCUGCCUCCAUUCAAUCCCAAAAAACAAAUAAAAAGAAAUCAGAGAAAGCUAGCUAGGGUUUCUUCAAGUCACAACCGCCAUGAACCCAAAUUUUAGUCGUAGACACUCCAACAAGAAACGAAGACGGGUUGAUGAGAAAGCAGAUAAGAUCAGUGACUUGCCCGAUGCUUUGUUGCUUCUGAUAUUGUCCUUGAUCCCAACAGUAGAUGUCGUAAGGACUUGUGUUUUGUCGAAGCGAUGGACAUCUCUUUGGGAACAUGUGCCUAAACUCGACUAUAGUUACAAGACUGAUAAAAAAAUGUCACACCAAUUUGUUCAUAGGUUCUUGAUAUCACGUAAGCCGUGUCUUCUAGAGAGUAUGCGACUUAUCGUUGGAUCAGAUUGUGAGGGUAUUAAUGUCCCCAUAUGGAUUAAGUAUGCAGUUGAACAUGGUUUGCGUGAACUAGAACUCGAUCCUUACUCGGAAAAAGGAAAUAUCCGAUUACCAACUAGCAUCUACGCUUGUAAAACACUCGAGGUCUUGACGCUUAAGUACUGUGUUCACGUAGAUGUUCCUAACACUCCUGUUUGUUUCAAGUCCCUCAAGAUCCUAAACCUUCAACUUGUGCACUUCAAGAACGCUGAGUCAGUACGUAGGCUUUUCUCAAGCUGCCCAAAUCUUGAAAAAUUGGAUGUUAAACGAUAUGUGGACAAUGUGGUAAACUUCACUAUCGAAGUACCAUCUUUAAAGAGUUUAACAAUACAUGAUUGUAGCGAUGGAGAUGGUCGAAGAGGGUAUGUGAUAAAUGCUCCUUCUUUGAAAUACUUUUCAAUUAAAGGAAUGAAAGAUUAUGAGUUUUCUAUUGAGAAUAUGCCGGAGCUUAGAGAGGCAAAGAUUAUUGAUGUUUUUGAUAUAAAUACUGAGAAGAUUCUCCGACCUCUUGCCUCAUCAGUCAAACGUCUCUCGUUGUCUUUAUCACCUUUGGAGACUAGGUACGCUGAUAGUAUUGUCCUUAGCCAGCUUGUAUAUUUGAAGCUAAGUACAAGUAAAAUCGAGUGGUGGAAUCUACUUAUGGUUUUGCUAUUGAAUUCUUCUAAACUACAAGUCCUCAAGCUCACGAGAGAUGAGCCCAAGAAAAGUCAUACGGGGCGCAUGUCUAACCCACAAUUUUACAAACCGGUUAAUGUUCCACCUUGUUUGUUAUUCUGCCUACAAAGACUCGAGUGGGAAAGAUACAAUGGACUACAUGACGAAGAGAGACAAAUUGCAAUGUAUAUCCUAACGAAUGCGAAACAUUUGAAGGAAGCAAGAUUUUCGACGAAAAACAGUGAUAUGAAAGAGAAAUUUGAGAUGCUAAAGGUGUUAGCUCGGGAGCCCAGGGCCUCACCUUCAUGUCAGUUUUUCUUUGAGUAAAAGUACAAGAGGUUUAUUAGAUGAGAUGCAACUCAUGCAAUUUCAUCCAAGUAUAAUAAUAUGUUGUAUCCUUUCAUACAUUAGUUCAAACUUUUGGGAUCACAUACCAGUGGUUUUGUAAAACAAAAUGUUUCUUUCUUACUAGACUUUUUUGACUUUCUAA